CAGCAAGUAAAUAAAAAAAUGUAAACGACAGCAUAUGUAUAAUAAUGAUAUCGAAACUAAUAAAAUAGGAGGGAAAAAAUAGCAAAUACCAGUAUACAACCGGAAGUUGCGUCAUUACGUCAUUCAGCGUGUGUGUGUAUGGGCGGAGAAGAUACCGGCAUCAGCUGUAGGUUAUAAGGUGUGUGUACUGGAAAUAACAUGAAAGGUUACUGAGAAUACUCACAGCGUUUUGUAAUUAAAGGAUUCUUUAUUGAAGAUGAACCCAGCGAGAGUCCACACAGCAUGAGAUUCCUUGCAGCAACGAGACGUCAGAGAUCUUCUUCGGUGUUCCAGGACGGCAUGACGAUGAAAACUCCGCUGUUCCUGUUCGUCCUGACGUGGCUCGUGGUGACGAUUCACUCGGACGAGGAUUAUUAUAAGUUGCUGGGUAUUUCGAGAGAAGCUAGCACCCGGGAGAUUCGACAGGCCUUCAAGAAGCUCGCUCUAACCAUGCACCCGGACAAGAAUCCGAAUGAUGGCACGGCCCACGAGAAGUUCCUGAAGAUCAACCGUGCGUACGAGGUGUUGAAAGAUGAAGACCUGCGGAAAAAAUACGAUAAGUACGGAGAGAAAGGUUUGCAGGACGAGCAGCAGGGAGGCAGAUACGAAAGCUGGAACUACUACAGAUACGAUUUCGGCAUUUAUGAUGAUGAUGCAGAAGUUAUUACUCUUGACAGAGGAGACUUUGAUGCAGCAGUGAACUCCGGAGAGGUUUGGUUCGUGAAUUUCUACUAUCCCCGAUGCUCCCACUGUCACGAGUUGGCUCCGACGUGGCGGGAGUUUGCGAAAGAGAUGGAUGGCGUGAUCAGGAUCGGCGCAGUAAACUGCGGGGACAACACCAUGCUGUGUCGCAGUAAAGGCAUCAGUAGCUACCCGAGCCUGUUCGUCUUCAGAACCGGCAUGAAUCCAGAGAAAUACUACGGAGACCGAUCCAAAGCCAGCCUCACCCAGUUCGCGAUGAAGUUUGUGACGACCAAAGUGACAGAGCUGUGGCAAGGGAAUGUUUUCACUGAGAUCGAUCAAGCGUUUGCUGCUAGAAUCGGGUGGCUCAUAACCUUCUGCGCCGACACCGGAGAUUGUCUGGAAUCUCAGACGAGACAGAAGCUCGCUGGAAUGUUGAACAGUCUAGUGAAGGUGGGCUGGAUGGACUGCACCUUACACACUGAUCUGUGUGAAAGCUUUGACGUCACGACCAGCACGACGGCUCUGUUCCCCCCUGGCAGCUCCCUCACACAGGAGGGCAGUGUGCUGUUUCUGAAGACUCUGGAUGCCAGAGAGAUCUAUGCACAGGUGUUGCAGCACAUGCCCGACCUGGAGAUUCUCACCAAGCAGAGCUUUGAGGACAAGUUGGCUCAGCACCGUUGGUUGGUCAGUUUCACCUUUGGGGAGAAGAACACGGCCACCCACGAGUACAAAAAGCUCAGCGCUCUGCUCAAAGACUCCCACAUACAGGUAGGGAAGGUGGACUGUAUGUCUGAGGCAGAGCUGUGCGCUUCCCUCUACAUCCAGAAGCCCUGUGUGGCUGUUUUUAAAGGCCUCGGCAUUCACAACUUCGAGAUCCACCACGGUAAAGAUGCACUGUAUAACAUUGUAGCUUUCGCUAAAGAGAGUGUGAGCGCCCACGUUACCACACUGCGGCCAGAGAAUUUCCCCCGGGACGAGAAAGAGCCCUGGGUAGUGGACUUCUUCGCCCCGUGGUGUCCCCCAUGUCGCGCCCUGCUUCCUGAACUCAGAAAAGCCUCCGUUCAGCUUCAUGGUCAGAUGAAGUUCGGCACUCUGGACUGCACCAUACACGAGGGACUGUGCAACAUGUACAACAUUAACGCCUAUCCAACCACUGUUAUCUUCAACAAGUCCAGCAUCCAUGAGUACGAAGGUCACCAUUCAGCAGAUGGCAUUCUGGAGUUCAUCGAGGACCUGGUCAACCCUGCAGUGGUGACUCUGGACCCAGACUCUUUCCAUCAGUUGGUGAAGAAGAGGAAGCAAACAGAAACAUGGAUGGUGGACUUCUAUGCACCGUGGUGUGGUCCAUGCCAGGCUUUGCUCCCUGAGUGGAGGAGGAUGGCUCGGAUGGUGAGUGGGAUGAUUAGCGUGGGAUCAGUGGACUGUCAGAAGUACCACUCAUUCUGCCAGGGCGAGAGCGUGCGUGCCUACCCCGAGAUUCGUCUCUACCCACAAAACAGCAACCACCGAGACCAACACCAUAGCUAUAAUGGCUGGCACAGAGACGCCCACUCCCUCAAGACCUGGGCACUCAACUCUCUGCCCCGCGCCUCAGUCGACUUAUCACCUGAGGAUUUUAAAAGGAAGGUUCUGGAAGGGAAGGAACACUGGGUGCUGGACUUUUACGCCCCGUGGUGUGGCCCGUGCCAGCAUUUCUCCCCGGAGUUCGAGAUCCUCGCUCGGAUGCUGAAGGGCACAGUGAGAGCAGGAAAGGUGGACUGCCAGGCGCACUAUGAUACGUGUCAGCGUGCGGGCGUCAAGUCCUACCCCACCGUCCGCUUUUACCCCUACCUGGGUACUACGCGGCGAGACCAAGGAGGAGAGUACAUCAACAGCCAGAACUCCAACGUGAUUGCUGACAUCAUCCAGCAGAGACUCCAGCAGCUCAGCAAACAGAAGAAACCCAAAUUCAAGGAUGAGCUGUAAAAAUGUCGUAAUAAAAUAAAAAUCCACUGAAUCUUGUCCUGUGGCAGAACGGACUGCACUUUUCACACUCCCAGGAUGUUAAAAGACUUGUAUCGAGCACCAGAGAAAGCGUGUGAAAGUAUUUUUACCUCAGCGUGUGACGAGACUCUACAGUUCUUCUCUAAGCACCACGAAUAUAAUGGUUACUGGAACAAGACAAUGUUUCUGACCCUGAUUAACGACUGUACUGAGGAACCGUAUCGUCUGCAGUGUGUCUCACAUACAUGAUGUUUCUCUCAGUGUCAUGGCGGUAAUGAUGAAUCCUGACCGUUUUCUUCUGUGUUGGUUAUUAUUUUAUUGCAGUCUUGUAUUGCGGAGUGUGAGAGCAUGAUCAUAUCAAAUGUUUUUAUUUAAUGCGGCUUUCAGGGACGAUGUCUGUAUAAUGAAAGGGUUUGUUUCACCUCUGUUUCUACUGAAGCACUGUAAUCCUUCAUGCAGUAUGGUUUUCAAUGGUUAUUACUUUGAAUUGAAGAUUAUGAACAGUAUCUAAACUUUUCUCUUCUUGAUCAAAUUAUUACUGGACUGUACAGCAAUAAUUAUGUCCUGUUGUGAUGGGAUUGGAUGUUCUGUAGUCAGGAAAAUGAAUAACGUAUUCUCAUUUAUUCGCUUGUCCUUUCCACGGUCAUGUAAUGCUGUUUUGUACAGAUACCUGGUGUAGAAUAAAGUUGUUGUUUUUUUUUUUCUACAGAUUUAUUUAUUUGUUUGUCUAUUUUAUUUAUUGAGAGCCAUUGACCAUCACAGUUCAGUGAUCUCUCUGCACCACAUUCAGCCUGAAAUAUUUUAUGACCAUCCAAAUGAUUAUUCAUGGGUGGUUAUCAUAAACAUAAAGGUCCGCUGAUUAUAUACCGUGUGUAUAUAUAUAUAAUCAAAUAAUGUUUAGAUAAUCCAUGUUCGAUCAAAUCCAUCAUCGUGUCGUCUGAACACGUGCUUCAAUGGUAGGGAUAAGAGUCAUGGAAAAUUUGAUCUUUUGUACGAAGGCGUUAACAUAAACAUUGAAGAGUCAAGAUACUGCACAUUUGCUUUUUUUGCUUUAGAAUUUUCUAAACUAUUUAGUUCCAGUUUUAAAUAAAUAAAACACAAAACCGCUGUAUAAUCCCCACAAUGGAUGGAUAGAUGGUGUGGUUAAGGCUCUGGGUUACUGAUGAGAAGGUCAGGGGUUCAAGCCCUGGCACUGCCGCGCUGCCACUAUUGGGCCCUUGAGCAAGGCCCUUAACCCUGUCUGCUCCAGGGGGCGCUGUAUCAUGUCUGACCCUGCGCUCUGACCCCAACUUCCUAACAUGCUGGGGUAUGCGAAGAAAAGAAUUUCACUCUGCUGUAAUGUAUACGUGAUUUAUAAAGUAUUAUGUAUGUGUGUGUACAAUCGAUGGAGUUUUCCUCGGUUACUAUAAGCUUGGAGGGACUCCACUUGAUGCGACGCUCAUGGAAUUACAGAUAUGUUUUUCAUCUGCCUAUUUUCCCGGACUUCCUACGCUCAUGUAAUUGCUCUGGUCCUCCACAAUUACGGAUUCAUCGUUGAAGACUGUUUAAACUGUUUAAAUCUCCGCCAACUGGAUUUCGUGUCACUGGAUCUG